GACUUACUAAGUUGGGAUUUAGCUGCAACCUCCAACAUGCCGGCCAAACCUGCCCCAAUCAAGAAGGCGGCAAAGAAAGAACCAGCCAAGAAGGAGGAGAAGCCCAAGGAGCCGGAACCAGCCCCCGCUCCGGAGCCCGCUCCGGAGCCCGCUCCCGCUGAGGCCGCCCCAGCCCCCGCUGAGGCUCCACCCGCAGAGGAAGCCCCGGCCGAGGCGGCGGCACCUGCCGAGGCACCCGCCGAGCCCGCCCCUCCACCCCCACCUGCUGCUGCAGACCCAGCUGCUGAGGGAGCUGCCCCCGCUGACCCCGCUGCUGACCCCACAGCACCUGUUGAUGCUGAAGCUGCUGAAAACGCUGAACCUGCUGAGGCACCUGAGCCAGAAGAGCCUAAACCUCCUACGCCUCCUCCACCCCCGCCCAAAGAGCCCACAAGUGCCCCCCUCGAUCUGUUUGUGGAGGAUAAGAACGACACUUCAGUGACUAUCAUCUGGAGUCAGCCAGAGACCAUUGGAGACUCUGGUCUGGAUGGAUACACCAUUGAAGUCUGCAAGGAUGGAACUGAGGACUGGAAAGCAGUCAAUGAGGAUCUCCAGAAGUCCUGCCGCUACGUCAUCAAGAACCAGACCACUGGCGACCGUCUGAAGAUCCGCGUGGUGGCUGUGAACGCCGGAGGCCGCAGCCCCCCUGUUUCCCUCCCUGAGGCCGUCCUGGUGAAGGAGGUUGCAGACCGCCCCAAAGUCCGUCUGCCUCGUUUCCUCAGGCAAAGAUACGUUGCGCAUGUUGGAGAAAAGAUCAACCUUACAAUCCCCUUCACUGGCAAACCCAAACCAGUGGUCACCUGGACAAAGAAUGGUCAGCCUCUUGACAAAAAGAGGGUCAACAUCCGCAGCACUGAGAGAGACAGCAUCCUGUUCAUCCGCGCAUCAGAGAGAGAGGACUCUGGCGUGUAUGAGAUGUGUGUGAAGGUGGACGACUUUGAUGACAAGGCCAGCCUCACCCUUCAGAUUGUUGAGCUGCCAGGGCCACCAGCCAGUGUAAAGAUUGUGGAUACCUGGGGUUUCAAUGUUGCCCUGGAAUGGACUCCACCCAGCGAUAACGGAAACACAGACAUCACAGGUUACACAAUCCAGAAGGCCGACAAAAAGACUGGAGACUGGUUCACUGUGCUGGAGCAUUACCACAGACUCAAUGCCACCAUCUCUGACCUCAUCAUGGGCAACACCUACAAGUUCAGAGUGUUUGCCGAGAACAAGUGUGGCAUCAGUGAGGGCGCCGCUCUCACAAAGGACGAAGCCAAGAUCCUGAAGACAGGUAUUGAGUACAAGGCUCCCGAGUACAAGGAACACGACUUCAGCGAAGCUCCCAAGUUCACCACCUCUCUUGGUGACAGAGCCACAACUGUUGGCUACAGCACCAAGCUGCUCUGCUCUGUCAGGGGAUACCCAAAACCCAAGAUUGAAUGGAUGAAGAACCAGAUGAUUAUUGGAGAUGACCCCAAGUUUAGGCAGAUCUGCGUCCAGGGUAUCUGCUCUCUGGAGAUCCGUAAGCCUGGUAACUUUGACGGUGGAGUGUAUGCCUGCAGAGCCAAGAAUGAUCACGGAGAGGCCACUGUCAGCUGCAAGCUGGAGGUCAAACAGCCAGCAGUUGCAGAUGCAGACAAGAAAUAGAUCACUACACUCAUUCUUACAGUCCCAAAUUAGGAGCAGUGCGAGUGAGGUCUUUACAGCCAAAGGAGGGUGCUGGAUUCCUGGAAGAACAUGUAUAUAUGGCUGGUGAACACACUAUCAAAUGGCUGUUGUCUCUGACCCCUUGCUGCAUGUUAUCCCGUAUUUAUGAUGAUGACUCAUUUCUGUCUUUUGCUGACAAUACAUAUUUAAGUCCGUAUCCAUGUCCAAACACAGCUCAUUUCCCAGCAACUGUCUAUGGUGGCUAAAUGAUCAUGUUUGCCAUAUCCCUAACUACAGUAGUGUAUCAUCCUGUCAGUUUUACAGCAUAAAUUUACUGUUCCUCAUAUGAGAGCAAUGUAACAGCAAAGUGUUUAUACCAAUAAAUAUU